AUGUAUCCUUUUUCUUGGUGGUAUCUAUCUACCUAUCUAUCUAUCUAUUGUAGUCUGCUUCUAUCUAUCUAUUUAUCUAUCUAUCACAGUCUGUUACUAUCUAUCUUAGUAUAUUCACAUUAUCUAUCUAUCUAUCUAUCUAUCUAUCUAUCUAUCUAUCUAUCUAUCUAUCAGUCUGUUACUAUCUAUCUUAGAAUAUUCACAUUAUCUAUCUAUCUAUCUAUCUAUCUAUCUAUCUAUCACAGUCUGUUACUAUCUAUCUUAGUAUAUUCACAUUAUCUAUCUAUCUAUCUAUCUAUCUAUCUAUCUAUCUAUCUAUCUAUCUAUCACAGUUUGUUACUAUCUAUCUUAGUAUAUUCACAUUAUCUAUCUAUCUAUCUAUCUAUCUAUCUAUCUAUCGUAGUCUGUUCCUAUCUAUCUAUCUAUCUAUCUAUCUAUCUAUCUAUCUAUCUAUCUAUCUAUCUAUCUGUCUAUCGUAGUCUGUUCCUAUCUAUCUUAUCUGUUCCUAUCUAUCUAUCUAUCUAUCUAUCUAUCUAUCUAUCUAUCUAUCUAUCUAUCCCUACAUAUAAUCAUAUACUUCUUCCUUUCUGUCUUCGUCUGUGCAUUCUUUUCUUCAUUAUUCCAUUUCAGUUUUCGGAGACGAAUUGA